AUGAGUAGCGAUAGAAUCAGCAACCUGCCAGAUUCUUUGCUGACGCAUAUCCUCUCGUUCCUUGCGACUAACGAUUCAGUAAGAGCAAGCGUUUUAUCGAAGAGAUUUGAAUUACUCUGGCUAAGUGUCCCAGGCUCGAACUGUUUCCCGAUGACUACCCUUCCUAUGGCGAAUCCCCUCCGGGAGCUAAGUGCUACAUCGACACUUACCUGGACUUCAACCACAACAACGGCUCACGAGUUCAAAAGUUCAAGCCGAGAUUACUUGACUGACAAGAUUUACAACAGCGACACGUUGGUGUCAUUGAAGCUAGCGAACGUAGGGUUGUCGGAUUUGAAUCCGGCUGUUGGUGUUUCUCUGCCUUGUCUCAAGAUCUUGAAUCUAGCAGACGUUUCGUACGAUGAUGAAGAUCCUCUGUUCAUGGAGAAGCUCAUCUCAGGUUGUCCUGUUCUUGAAGAGUUUGCCUUGGCUUUGCCUUACGAUCAUCAUGAGCGCCAAAAAUCUGUCGUAACUUAUUUUUAG